UGGCCGGAAGUGGGGCCGUGAGCCUCUUGUGUAGCUGGGAUUGAGGUGGUGUGGCGGACUGCGGGAUCCGGGGUAGCCCGAUGCAGUGCUGGCGCUGGUCUGGCUCAGGUUCUGAGUCCUCAACAACAAAAAGGUUUGCUUCGCUGCUUCAGGCUCCAAAGAAGCACAGACAGAAACCUUCCAGCUGAGGAUCCAUACUGCUGAGAAGUUUGGCACGUGGUGGUGGGGGAUAUGAACACAGCGGCCACCAGGGACGCCGGGCAAGGAGGCAUGAGGUGCCACAUGGGCGGGCACUAAAAACAAUUAGCGUGGAUGGACUGAACACUCUCCUUCAAUUUGCCCAAAUUCAGUUUUGGCUGUUUCUGAUGCUUGGAAGCUAUCCUUGCUGCCACAAAGAUGGUAAUAAACCUUUGCCUCCCACAGUUCAGACCAAGAAUUUACUGCAACAAGAUAUCGGCCGAUGGCUAUGAAGUAGAGAAUCUCAUCUCUGACGAUCUCACGAAGAGGAGUCGAGGUUUUAGGACAGAGUAUUUUAUUAAGCCGCCAGUCCACGUGACAGUUUCCUUCCCCUUCAGUGUGGAAAUCUGUAGGGUUAACAUCGACCUCACAGCUCGGGGAGGCCAGAAUGUCACCGGCCUGGAAGUACACACAUCUGCCUUGUCCAGCAGAGUGUCUUGGAACACCCCAGGGUGCUGGGCCCUGGGGCCAGCCGAGCCUUCCGUCCCCGACAAGGAGGCGUUCACCUUGGUGGGCAAAGUCUUGUUGAAAAACCAGAGCCAAGUGGUGUUUAGCCACAGGGGCUUCAAGGCCAGGCCACCAUUUGCCUCUGUGGAAGCUACACUCCCCUCUCCUGCUGUGGCGGCCCAGGAGCUCUGGAACAAAGGGACUCUUUCCCUUAACCACGUGGCCCAUCUCAAGAUCUGUAUCACCCACGUGACAGGCAGUGGUAUCCCUUGCAUCAAGCGGUUGGAAGUGUGGGGUCAGCCAGCCAAAACCUGCUCUCAGGAGGUGAUAGACAGUGUCUUGCUGGUUGCCUCAGAGAGCCUCCCUCAGGACUUGGCUCUGCAAGCUCCAACCCUGCCCAUGGAGAGUGACUGUGACCCUGGGACCCAGCCUGAGGACCAGCAGGCUACCUCCAGCCUGCAAGAGCUGGCUGAGGUAAUUCCAGAUGUGCCUGAGGAGUUCCUGGAUCCCAUCACCCUAGAGAUCAUGCCUUGCCCCAUGCUGCUGCCCUCCGGCAAGGUCAUUGACCAGAGCACGUUGGAGAAGUGUAACCGCAGUGAAGCCACAUGGGGCCGGGUGCCCAGUGACCCCUUCACAGGGGUAGCCUUUACUCCACACUCCCAGCCCCUGCCUCAUCCCUCCCUGAAGGCCCGGAUCGACCAUUUCCUGCUCCAGCACUCCAUCCCUGGCUGCCACCUGCUUGGGAGAGCACAGACUGCGUUGGCAGUGACCCCUUCUUCCAUUGCUCUGCCAUCCCGGAAAAGGAAGAUGGAGCGGGCUGAACACGCCCCCGACAGUAGCAUUGGUGUAAAUGCGUCCUGUUUUUCUACAACCCUCCCAGUCUCUCCCACUACCUCAGAGCACACCCCUAAGAAACUGAAAGCUGCCAGUGAGCUCGGUCUGACACACAUGGACUGCUCAGCAGGUCCGGUGUCCCAUGAGCAGAAACUGUCACAAAGCUUGGAAAUUGCCUUGACAUCAACCCUUGGCUCCUUGCCCUCCUUCACAGCACGACUGACCAGGGGACAGCUCCAGCACGAGGGCAUAAGAGAGACCAGCGCUUCCUGGCAGGCAGUCACAGGGUCAGAGCAGCCUGGGAGCAUCCUGGGCCCCGAGUGUGCCUCCUGCAAACGAGUCUUUUCUUCCUACUUCCGAAAGGAGCCCGUGUACCAGCUUCCCUGUGGCCACCUCCUCUGCCGGCCCUGCCUGGGUGAGAAGCAGCACUGCCUGCCCGUGGCGUGCGCAGCCUGCCAGCAGCCGUUCACCAGCCAGGACGUGCUGCGGGUCCACCUCUGAGGGACUGGGCCUGGACCCGAGGAGACCCGUUGUUGGGAGGAGCAGAAGUGGGGGUCCUAGCCCCCUGAGUUCUGGCCAGGUCCCAGCCACGGAGGGGCCUCUUCUUUCCCAAGGGCUUUGCCUUUAUUGCCUCCCACAGUGCAGCACAGCCGGGAGUGAGGGUGAGGGAGGGGCACUCCACUCCGGCUCUAGUGGCAACAGGAUCACAAAGCCAUAGUUUGGGCCGGGAGGGGUGGGGGAGAUGUCCCUGCCCUCCUGUCCCUCCUUGCCACCCCACCCCAGGCCUGCCAGAGCCAGCCCCACCCUGCUGAGGGCCCCCAAGUUACCCGCAUAACCCUGCACCCCGAGUCUGUAGGGUGUGUGUGUGGAGCACGGUGGACUGCGGCUCCGGGUCCGAGAGAGAGCCUCUGCCUUCAGUGUCGCCCCAGGGGGCCCUGGCGGGGGUCUGCGCAGCGAAUGACUAAGACCCUGCUGGCAAGCCUUAAUAAAGCUAUGGUUGAC